GGUGAGGGGAGAGUUCUCUCUCUCUCAUUCUAUCUCGUUUUGACCAACCAUGUUUUCAGAUACCGAUCUCUCAAAUGGUUUUGUUCCCGGAACUGAAGGCUCAACAACAAACAAGCUCAAACCACACGUCUCCAUCAAAAAUCUCGAGAACCCUGAUGGGAAAAUUGGAUUUUCUGAUAAGGGUAACGAUUUGCUGCGCGAUUCAGAGGUGGGUUUUGAUGGGUUCCGUUCAAAAUCUUAUUCAAGAAUUGGGAAUCUGGGUUCGCAAGAACUGACCCUGAGUUACCUCUGUGAUAACCCAAAAAUGAGUUUUCAAGAAAAAGAGAUAUCAGGGAAGAAUCUAUUCAGUGUGCUGGAGAAGGAUAGGUACAAAGGGAAGGAGGUGAUUUCGGAGAAUCCCGAGGAGAGAUUGGUGGAACGAGAUUUUCUGCAACUAAACGGGGUUAGAGCAGCAGGGACGAAGCGAGAGCUCGACCAAGAAAUAGAAAGAGAGAUGAGAGAGAAGAAGGCGAAGCUAGAGACUCUUAAUCUCUCUCUAGCACUCCCAGAUGUGUCUCUGUCUCUUACCUCUUCGCCGAAUGCGGAUCAUUUUGCUCACCCCAAACCUACCAGAAGCACUCAAUCAUUGGCUCCAUCGAACAACAAUACACGAACGGCAAGCUCUGACGACUUCACGGCUGCUUCGCUCUCCUAUUCCUACUCUGUUCCGUUCUCUCACAACCCUAGCUGCUCACUCUUCACACGCAACUCCACCGAGAACUACGAGUACUCAGAGAGUCACCAAAAAGAUACUGACCAUAUUUGGUACUGUGGAGAGGGAACUAAUGGAUCGGUUCACAGUCGAUUCAGGCCCGUCGGCGACGGCAGCGUUGUGUUGGCGAAUCACGGUGGCGGAGGUGGUUUUGGCCAUCAAUUGAUGCAGAGUAAUCGCCAGAUUAACAAAGAUUCAAGUAAUAGUCUUUACAGAACAACGAGCUCUGAUAACCAGUCCUUCUUACCCUCGGAGCUUCCGGCGAGGCCGAAAAAAGAAGACACGGCCUCGAUGGAUUCGAGAGGAAGAGCUUCUCGGAAGAAUUCAGAUGGGAGCAGAGCAAGAAAGCUCACGAGGCCGGAGAGGAUUCUUUUAGAAAUCGUUUCAGAUUCUAUCCCUGUUAUGGCUCAGAUACUUCAAGAACUCCCAGAUGAGACAAUUGAAUCUGCAAAGGAGCACAUGAGCAAUCUCAUUGGGUCGCCUGAGAAGAGAGAGGAAUUAACUAAUCUGCAGAAUCGUCUUGAGAGAAGAUCGGACCUCACUUUUGAGACACUCUCUAAGUCUCAUAGAGACCAAUUAGAGAUCUUGGUUGCAAUCAAGACUGGCCUUGUGAAUUACAUUUCAGGGAAGAAUCGUCUCCCCAUGACCGAGCUUGUGGAGAUCUUUUUGCUCAUGAGGUGUCGCAAUGUGAACUGCAGCUACAAGGGUUUAUUGCCUGUUGAUGACUGUGACUGCAAGAUAUGCUCAACCAAGAAGGGAUUCUGUAGUGCGUGUAUGUGCCCUGUGUGUUUGAAUUUCGACUGUGCCUCCAAUACUUGCAGUUGGGUUGGUUGUGAUGCUUGUUCGCACUGGUGCCAUGCCUCUUGUGGCAUUCAGAGAAACCUCAUUAGGCCAGGGCCCAACUUGAAGGGGUCUGCAGGAACCACGGAGAUGCAGUUCUAUUGUCUUGGAUGUGACCAUGCUUCUGAGAUGUUUGGAUUUGUUAAGGAUGUGUUUCUCUGCUGUGCAAAAGAUUGGGGUCUUGAGACCCUGAAAAAGGAGCUUGACUGUGUCAGGAAGAUCUUUAGAGGGAGUGAAAACUUCAAGGAAAAGGAGCUGCAGAGUAAGGCAGAGGAGACUCUCUUGAAGCUCGAAAACAAGAUCAUUUCCCCAUCGGAGGCCUGUGAUUCCAUCCUACAGUUCUUCAAGUAUGGUGCUUCAGCAAUUCCCGGAUCUGGUGCCUCAUCAAAAGACUUAACUUUAGCUCAAAUAUGUCAACAAGCAGACGUGGUUUCGCUUUCUACUACUUCUCCACCGUCAAAAUCUACCACCUAUAACAUGAGCUCCUCCAGUGGAAGGCCGAAUCUGCUGCCAAAUGAUGUAAAUCAAAACAUUCUUACGGGUGCUCUCACAAGAGAGCGGAGAGUUGAGGAUGAGCUGGAGUCAACCUUGAAGAAGGAUGGCUUCGACAGCCUUGAAAGCAUUGUGAGAAUCAAGGAAGCUGAAGCGAGGAUGUUCCAGAGCCACGCAGAUGAAGCACGGAGAGAGGCAGAGGGGUAUCGGCGGAUGGUCCGUAUAAAAAGUGAGAAACUGGAGGAAGAAUAUGCCGGCAAGCUUGCUAAACUGUGUUUACAGGAGACAGAGGAGAGGCGCAGGAAGAAGCUUGAAGAGCUCAAGAACUUGGAGAAUUCCCAUUGUGACUACUACAAGAUGAAGCUCAGAAUGCAAGAUCAAAUUGCAGGCUUGUUGGAGAGGAUGGAGGCAACAAAAAAGCAAUGGGUGUAAACACAAGGUAUCUACCAUUUAUGUGAUGAAAACGGAGUGAAAGGCAAGGUUUCGAACGAUGGGCGGAGAUGACGGCGGCGUGUAAUUUGUUUGAGUUAUUGCCAUGCAGAAAUUGCUUGGUGUAUGUAAGAUUUUCCAAUGUUUAACUUGAAUUUUAGAUAGGAAAAAGAAUGUGCUUAUUACC